AUGUCUUUCUUGAUUGCAGCCAGAAGUGAACUUGAACCAAAGUAUAGAUUUGAGAGAUGCCAAGAAGUUAAAGGAAUAUGUAAACCAUUUUGUGAUGAUAUUGAGUAUGAUUACGGAUAUUGCAUUAAAUGGAGAAAUCAAUGCUGCAUAUAAAUGCUGGAAAUCAGAGUAUUUGAACAUCAAAGUCUGGAACAGAGUUGCAUCCUAUUGACCCAAGAGUGGGUAAAAAGAAAAUGUUUGCAGUAUUGAAUGGAAAUAUGUACUUUUGA